UCAGGGAGGCUGCCGGCGAGUCCGGCAGCCAGUGUUCCUGGCCGGUGCCGGGACUUGUAGCGUUGCCCCGCGCGCUGCGACGCUUUAGCCAUGGCUUGGGUCCCGACUGCACCACAGCGUCACGGGAGACGGGGGUCUUCGGAACAUCUUUAGUUUUGGAGCCCAGCAGCAAGCACCUCCGCGGCGGCGGAAGAACAGAAUUUCUGGAAUGGAUGGACUCUUCCCAAGCCGCUUUGCUAAUUUGCAUCAGCUGGACAAUGUUCCUCAUUAAUAUCUGUCUGUCGGCAUAAUCGUCACAUCAUUUCACUGGUGGCAGGGACUCAACUCCGAAUUCUAUAUAGGAAAAGCAUCUGGAUUCCAGUCUUUCAAUGGCUUCAAGACAACCAGAAGUGCCUGCUCUUGAGCCUAACGGGCCUCUAGGCAAGAUGUCCCUGCCAAUCGGGAUGCACCGCCGGGCAUUCAGCUAUGAUGAUGCCCUGGAGGACCCUACGCCCAUGACCCCUCCUCCAUCGGACAUGGGCAGCAUCCCCUGGAAGCCCGUGAUUCCAGAGCGCAAGUAUCAGGACCUCGCCAAGGUGGAGGAAGGAGGGGCCAGCGUCUCCUCCCCUGCCAUAACCCUGUCACCGGCCCCUGGCAGUGUGGACAAGGUCCCCGUGGUGAAGGCUAAAGCUACCCACGUCAUCAUGAAUUCUCUGAUCACAAAACAGACCCAGGAGAGCAUUCAGCGUUUUGAGCAACAGGCAGGGCUGAGAGAUGCUGGCUAUACACCCCACAAGGGCCUUACCACUGAGGAGAACAAGUACCUUCGCAUGGCAGAAGCACUCCACAAACUAAAGCUACAGAGUGGAGAGGUAACAAAAGACGAGAAGCAGUCUGGCUCUGCCCAGUCCACCCCAAGCAACACCCCUGAGUCUUCCCCUCGGCCAAAGUCCAGAGGCUGGUUCAGUUCUGGUUCCUCCACAGCAUUACCUGUGUCAAAUCCUAGCACCAUGGAUUCUGGAAGUGGGGAUAAGGACAGAAACUUGGCAGACAAAUGGAAUCUCUUUGGACCAAAAUCCCUCCAGAAGUCUGAUUCAGGAAGUUUUGCCACUCAGGCCUAUAAAGGAGCCCAGAAACCUUCUCCAGUGGAAGUGAUCCAUGUCCAGGCCACCCGAAUGGCAGACGACCCAGUAGCCUUCAAGCCGCCCAAAAUGGACAUCCCAGUGACAGAAGGGAAGAAACAACUGCCGAAGACCCAUAAACUCAAACCCCGUGACUUGAAUAUACUCACACCCACUGGCUUCUAGAGCUUUCUAUUCUAGGGACUCUGGAGAGAAGGUGUCUUAUGCCUGACUCCCCUUUCUAUCUUAGCUCUGAUAUAGGAAAAGUUUAUUAUUUUUAAAAAUCUCUCAAACUGAGGCUAGAGCUGGAAACAUAAUUGUAUUUGAGAAACAUUAGUGCAAAGCUUGUCCUGUGGAAGAAGCCAUUUUGUACUCUAAGAUUAAAUCAUCUCAGCAGUGAUAUGUGGGGGACCUCAUCACCUAUUUUGGUAUCAUCUAAUCUGGAUGAGUACUUUGAUCAUGGAGUACAAGGUAAAUGAGGUUUAUGUUGUUCCAAGACCAAGGCUUCCUGCUUGCUUUUCCUCUGCCAGGGUGCUUGGGUAGGCAAAUCAUGGAGUCGAGGUGUGUUCACUGGUUUGGACAGCUCUGGACUGUGCUGGCCCUGUGCUCCAGCCUGGUCCGUUAGGGGGACCUCCAAGGUGUUUGAGGUCUGGUACAGAUCUUCCUGUGCGGGAGCUGGAGUCUCCUUGCUUUCUGGUAACCCUAACAGGCCACUUUGGCCUACAGCCAGUUCUCUCGGGGCAGUGCUGUUGGGGGAUGCUUCUGUUUUGUGUGUCGUAGAACAAACACUAGUCUCACAUAUCACCUUGGUUGCACUUUAAAGUGAGAUUAAUUUCACUAUGAUUAUGUUGGAAACUUCCUUCCAGAGGAAAUUCAGUCUAUUGGUUUGGUGUAGAUGAGUGGAAGUUAAAUUUUGUAAAUGAAGGUGGUAAGUACAGUUAGGUUAUGGUCUUGAGGUUCACGUGAAACUAGUGUCACCUUGUUUGGAUUUCUUUGUUCAGGCCAGGGCCUGAAACUUUUUUCUGGGAGGUAGAAGGAUUAGAAAUAUUUCUACAUGAAAUCAUUGUUCUCCCCAAUGAGCCUCCUACCUUUGUAAAUGCAUACCUUCAUGACUGAGGGAAGGAACAAGGGAACCCUCCUUUAAUUUCUCUUCACCAUGUCCAUGCUCAGUGUUUGUCUUGACCACUGUCUCUAAUUCUUGCUGGGUUUUUUUUGCAUAGUAUCAUGUCUGCAUAAAGAGCUGAGUUGACCUUUCCAUAGAGAGAGGCCCUGGAGUCUAAAAUGAUCAGAACAAUUAAUUUAUUUGUCUUCUCUUAUGCUUGUAUCACUUGUUUUAACAAUAAAAUUCCUUACUACU